GGCCUCGGCCGGGCCCUGCCCGCCGCGGGGGGCUGCUCCGUAACGCCGGUUCCCCUCGGCCCCCGGGGGAGCGGCCGGCAGCGCGGAGGGGGCGGUGCGAGGGGUGCCCAGGCGCGUUCCCUGAGGGCCGGGGGUCGGCGGAGCACCAUGGUGGAGAAGCGCUGCCCGCGGUUGCAGCGGGACGGGGUGUACCGGUGGUUUUCGGAACUGCCCUCGCCUCAGAGAGUGGAGUUUUUGUGCGGCCUGCUGGAUCUGUGCAUCCCGCUGGAGCUGCGUUUCCUGGGAGCCUGUUUGGAAGAUCUGGCUCGGAAGGAUUAUCAUUCGUUGAGAGAUUCCGAAAUCAAAGCCAACAACCCCGCCGAUCUGGGCAGCCUCACCAACCUGACGGACGAGGUGGUGCGCAGCAAACUGCUGGUUUCUCUCGCCUUGCUGGGUUCUGCUCACCGCGAGGCCGCCGGGGUCCUUUUCCGGACCCUCACCCACAUCGAUUCCGUCAUCAACAACUACGGGCUGCAGCUCAACGAGGGCCGCACCGGGGAUGAAUUCCUGUUGCUUUUCACCAUGGCGUCCAACCACCCCGCUUUCAGCUUCCACCAGAAGCAGGUGUUGAGGCAGGAGCUCACCCAGAUCCAGAACAUCAUGGCCAGCACCAGCAAGAAUCCCAGCAGCUCUGCUCUCAACUCCAUGGCGACUUAUCCGGGCUGCCAUAAGGUCACUGCAAGGUCCGAGACCCCCAUAAACAGUGUCAGUAACAGUUUGGAAAAUGUCCUACAUACAUCAACACAUUCCAUUGAGGAGUCAUUACCCAAGAGGCCUUCAGGGAAACACUCCAAAGUGAGUGUUGAAAAAGUGGAACUAAAGGGACUGGCACACAAGAAGAACGAAAGAAACGUUGAAUAUUCUUUUGAGGUCCUGUGGUCUGAUUCUUCAGUGACAUUGGUAACUAAAUCUUCCGUGGAAGUGACUGAAUUUAUUUCAAAGCUGUCUCAGCUGUAUCCAGAAGAAAACUUGGAGAAAUUCAUUCCUUGCCUAGCUGGUCCAGAUUCAUUUUACCUAGAACGGAACCACAUGGACCUGGAAUCGGACCUUAGGUAUUUGGCACCAUUGCCUUCCCAUGUGGUGAAAAAUGACCACGUUAGAAAGUUCUUCAGCACUUCAUCCCCUUCACAGCAACUUCAGAGUUCAAAUCCUGGCAACUCCUCCCUUUAUAAAGUAGGAACUACUCUGGGAACAUCUGGAAGGCCUAUAUGUGGAGUGGCAGGCAUUCAGUCUUCUCAGAACCACGUCCAGCACUCAGCUGCUGCUCCUGUAGCGCUGCCCCACUGCUCCCAUGCAGGAGGCACCGGUUCAUCCCUGGCCUACCGCAACCAGAUGGAUGCUGCAUCACCCAUGUUGAUGUCUUCCAGCCCACAGACCCCUCAAACACAGGAGCAAAAUGGGAUCUUAGACUGGCUCAGGAAACUGCGGUUGCACAAAUACUAUCCUGUCUUCAAGCAGCUCACCAUGGAGAAGUUCCUGAGCCUAACGGAGGAAGAUCUGAAUAAGUUUGAAUCCCUCACCAUGGGAGCAAAGAAGAAACUCAAGACCCAACUGGAACUGGAGAAAGAAAAAUCAGAAAAACGGUGCCUCAACCCCACAACACCUUCUUCAGUUACCAGCAGUGGUGUGGCAAGGGUUCCCCCUACUACACAUGUGGGGCCUCUCCAGAGUAUUCGUGGCAACCAUGCUGCAGAGCUGCGGGUGGACGUAGAUCAGCCAGCCCACCCUCUGCCCCGGGAGGGCAGCUCCUCCGAGUACUCCAGCUCUUCUUCCAGCCCCAUGGGGAUCCAGACGAGGGAGGAGAGCUCAGACAGCGCCGAGGAGAAUGAGAGACGUUUGGAGAUUCACUUAGACGGUUCUGAAAAGGAGAAGCCGGUGAUGUUACUGAACCAUUUCACUUCGAGCUCUGCCAGACCCACUGCUCAGGUGUUGCCAGUGCAAAAUGAUGCAGGCUCCAAUCCGUCCGGCCACCAUACUUUGCCAAUGCAAAUGAUGUCAGCGGCCUCUACUCAUAUCACCCCCAUUCGGAUGCUAAAUUCAGUGCAUAAAUCAGAGCGUGGCAAUGCAGACAUGAAGCUACUUUCGUCGUCUAUGCAUUCACUUUUAUCUUUAGAAGAAAGAAAUAAAGUCUCUCCUGGACCUAGAGGCAGCAUAAAAAUGGAAAAGAGUUUUGGGAAUACAGUAGUGGAUGUCAUGUCUGCGCCUUCUCCCCAUCAGCCCUUGCAAGUGCUUUCGGGGGCUGCCGAGAACAGCUCGCCCACAUCUACUAUUAACUUUGGGCCUCGAACCAAAGUCGUCCACGCUUCAACUCUGGACAGAGUGAUGAAAACAGCUCAGCAGCCAGGACUGAUAGUAGAGACGAGUACUGCUGCCACUGUCACAUCCAGCACGGUCUUCCACGUGGCUCGCCCACCCAUCAAGCUCCUGGUAUCAUCCUCUGUUCCUACUGAUCCUGCCAUUGCUGGACAGACUUCCUGCUCCAGUAAUAUGCAAAUAACGGUAUCCCCUGCAAUAAUAAAUCCCCGGACUGCUCUGUAUACAGCCAACACCAAAGUUGCCUUUUCUGCAAUGAGCAGCGUGCCUGUGGCACCCAUGCAAGGCAGCUUCUGCGCAAACAGCAACGCGGCCUCAUCCAGCAGCCACCCUUCCACGUCCUUUGCAACCAUGGCCAACCUGCCCAGCUGCCCCGCGCCCAGCUCCAGCCCCACGCUCUCAUCCGUCGCCGAGAACAACUUCUACAGCAACAGCAGCAGCAGCAGCAGUAGCAGCAGUAGCAGCAGCAGCGGGUCUGCGGGGAGCAUCCCUGUGCCCAAUCAGAACCACCAUCACCACCACCACCAGCAGCAGCAGCCGCAGCCUCCCGGCUGCAUGGUGUGCAGCUCCUGCGGGUGCAGCGGGAACUGCGGCUCCAGCGGGAUGACCGUCAGCUACGCCAACUAUUUCCAGCACCCGUUUUCAGGACCUUCAAUGUUUACUUUCCCAUUUCUGCCCUUCAACCCCCUGUGCAGUAACGGCUACAUCAACACGCAGCAGUACAACAGCAGCACCACUUUCCCCGUGGUCCACACGGCCUACAACAGCGGCAUCGCUCCGGACUCUGUGAUGACGGGGCAGUCGACGUUUGCGGUACCGCCGAUGCAGAACUUUAUGGCAGGGACAGCAGGGGUUUAUCAGGCACAGGGAAUGAUGGGAAACGGCAAUGGUUCGAGUCACAAAAAAAAUGGGAAUCUCUCCUGUUACAACUGUGGGGCCAGUGGGCACAGAGCUCAGGACUGCAAACAGCCUCCAAUGGAUUUCAAUCGACAAGGUACUUUUAGGCUGAAAUACGCUCCUCCCUCCGAAAGCCUUGACUCCACAGACUGAUCUUUUACCUGGCAAGAAAAAUACUGUAAGCCAUGGAGAUAGAAGGAGACUGAACUACAAAACUGAGACGUCCAGUUGCUGUUAAGCUUAAUGUAUUUUUUAAUCCAAAGGUGCUUUACUUUAUUAGACUAGGUAGGAAAUCUAGCUUAGGGGUGCAUCGAACCCAUUUUUGAUUGCCAAAUUCAAGCUUGGAUCUUGCUGUUGGAACUUCUGACCCCGUGUCAUAGGACGAUGCGUGCUGGAUGGAUGGUGGAGCUGGCCAGAUGCAUUUUCUGUUGCAAGUACAACACCCUACGUACUAUUUUUGCUGGAGAAUGUUGCCAUACGUGGACUUUUGAAGGUAAAGGUCUGACUCCAGGGCAGCUACACGGUGAGGUGGAAGCUGGAGGCGGAGGUGGGAGCGGCCGUUUGCCAGAAGGACUUUGGCACCCCUGGGCUAGGUAAAAUGUCUACUUUUUUUCAAAAGUGAUCAGGCACUAAUCUCUGGGAUUUUUAAGGAUUGCACUACAGAAGAAUGUAAAACUCUUCGAGCUUUCUGCACUUCUAGCAGACGGUGUCACUCUGAGACCAGUGCAAGAGGCAAAGAAGUUGCGACCUUUACCAAUUGGCACCAGCAGGCUACGUGACUUAACGACACAAUAACAAUCUUAAGUCAGUCUCUCCUUUCCCUUCCAAAAGAACACAUGCAGCAGUUUCGGUUCCUUCUGGAAACAAACUUGUGCUUCAUUGUCUUACCUGUUAGCGCUGGCUUCCCAGCGAUGGAAUAUGCUUAGUUUCCAAGGGUCCAAGUCCCAGAGACUGCAGAGUCAUAAAGGCUUCGAGGAUAUGUUCCUGUAGUACACAAAACAACCUUUACGUCCUGUUACUGUACAUAGGUCUCUUUCACAGAAACCUUAUUAUUCUGCUUUUGUAAAUGAAUUUUAAACCAUCCUAAAGAAGAACUCUGGCAGCAGAGUUUGUAAGCUUUUGCUUUACUUUAUAUUAAAAAACAAACAAACAAACCCCAACCACCCAACCCUCUGACUCCUACCCCAUGGCUUUUGCUACAGGAUUCAGAAGUGGUAGAAGUCAAAACAUGUAAGAGGUAGUAAACUUCAUUAUUCUCAAGACUUGGAAGGAUUUACUGUCAGCCUCCUUCGUUGCAAUAGAUUGUAGAUGACUAGCUUUGGUGUUAACUACUUAGCGUACAUAAUUUGUGGGUGAUAAAUCUAAAUUAGGGCUUGAGAGGAAGCCGAACAAAUCCUGAACUGCUCAUUUGAAACAGUUUGGUCCUGUCUCACUGAAGGGAGGUACAAACCUCGUGGCUCACCCCAGGAAUUCGGCACUGUUCAGUGGGUGAUGCUUCUGACAGAGAUGUUUGCACACUGUAAUUUGGAAGAUCUUAAAGCCUUGUUUACACUUGGAGGCGUUUCUCACACCCGUUUCAACCCCACCAGGACGUGUUGUAGCGGUGCAGCUGACUUUGGCUGGGGUCACAAUCAACGUUUGGUUGCAAAAGAAAAGAAAAGGUGAUGUCUUCUUCCUAUGCAAUGACAACUAAUGAGAGGGGUUGCUCUCAGCCCGGCUCUCGCCGCUGAAACGCUCCUGUUGGCUCUGCCUGCAUUCUGAGCUCACCUGCGUUCAAUUAACAACCUUCAGACCUACAACACUAAAAGUGAUGAAAACUGACAAUGCAAUUUACUUUGCCUUAAUGAGCUUGAGACAAUGGUAGGAACAAUCUGCCGCACCGCGUUACGCCGAAGGAAACGGUUUUUGCUGACGAUGUUUACUAUUCACAGCUUUGGGGGUCUCUCCAGUGGCCUGGAACAUGUGCUGAAAGCCAAACCUUAACCUAUUUUUCACUUUUUUUUUUUUAAACAGUAUUUUAAACCGGAAUCGUGUUUAAAUAAACUGUCUCCACACCCAUACAAGUGUUAAACACCUUCUCAAAAUAGCAAAAAUCGACAGGAGAAGAAUAUCUGUUUUCUGUACUGGUUGUGUUUUGUUUUAACGCCCAAGGCUGGGAAUGUAGUCUUGUCUGAUCUCAUCACCGACUCGAAACCAUAACAAAAGGACUGUAGGACUGAACUCCUGUCCCGCAAACUGUUUCAUUCCUACCUUCAGAGCUUUCGUUGGGGUUGUUUCCUUUGUGUGAAGUUAAGGCUGAUGUUUCUUCGAGUGGCUUCCGUGUACUUUUAGGUAACGUUUUGAAAUGGUGAAGUCUGAUCUUAGAGUAAGUUCAAUUUCAGAAGUCUCGAGUACCUUAAAGCAACGUGAGCAUGAUAGAGAAGUGUCUGAUGGACCGGCACCAGUGAUAGAGCCUUCCCUACACCAGAGCCAGCUGUGGCUUCAGAUCUGCUCAUCAGCGCUGUCCGCUUUGGACCAAGAACAGCCAACGCUGGUAAGUCUGAGCAGAGCACUUCAGUUCCAUAAAAUAACCCUUUGUCUGUUUUUCAAAGGCCCAAACCCAUCUCCCCACCCCCUGAGAAGUAAGGCAGCUCAUUUUAGAAUAGUAGUUCCAGCUUCACUGGCUGAAAGAACCAGUUCUUCAAACCUAUUUUUGUACAUUGAGAGAUUUCAAAGUACGCUAUUUAUUCCUAUCUUUGUCCUGAAAGUAUAAUAAGAAUUAGUUCUCAACAUGGAUUUCACUGUGGAAUAGAAAUGAGUUGGAUGUGUGAGGCAGAGGGGAGCCCCAAGCUGUGCCCUGUGGGGUGCAGGGAGGCUGGAUGUGUGGCUGAUUAUGCAUUUCCAGGACUGUUUUCCUUUUGAUGGGAAUACCAGAAGCAGGGUGGGAUUUCCAGCCAGCUCCUCACCCUGCAGGCUCUGAGGUAAGCAUGAACAGAUGCCUUGCUUGGUGCUGAGCAGUAGGAGAGCAAGCAAGUAAGGCUCCAUUUUAGCAAGCAAGGUAUUGAUCACAGGUUUCCUUCAUCUUUUUCCUUCAAAUGACGUCACGCUUUACUUUUUGUCAAGCCUUUUCAGUAGCGUGCACACCAUGGUCCUUAAAUCUUAGCACAUUAAGCAACAGACUUCCAGUAAUGAUGGUUUAACACUAGGCUCUCACCAUUACCCCACACUGGGUUUCACGCUGCUUCUGGCAGGCAGGCUUUGAGGGGAAGGGACCCAGAGCUGCUUGGUGCUGUAUUUGGCAUAGCAGCACUCCUCCCCACAACAUGCCAUCACCCAAAAGCCCUGCGUAUGGGUUAGCUGUCUGUCUGUAGCAUCAUCACAUCCAGGAAGGUUUGUUGGAGGUCACGGAUGCACAGAGCUGUGGAUUUGGAGCAGUCUGGAAUGCCUGUGUGCAGGCAAAUCUGGGCUGAAACCGAUGUAACAGCGCCAGCAAAAGAGUCUGGGAACCCUGAGCACCCCCACCGCCCUCCAUCUGUUGUAAGAACCCCUUGGAAAUGCCUGGAUGCUCUCAAACAAACGAGGAACGUGUUGGUACUGAUGCAGAAAGCAAAUCCUGCGUGUUUUCAAGUGCAGAUUAACAGCUUCUCUUGGACAUAACUUUCCAUGAGGAAUGAAGGAAACUCCUGCUCCCAUUUGAGCCAUUUCUUUUACUUCGGUCAAUUCUAGUAUUACAAAUUGUGCAUGUAACUUUAUAAAUAUUUUAAAUAGUUUUGUAAAUAUUUAAUAUUCAGCUAAUUUGAUUUUGAACUGUAAAUGUCAAGUAUUCUGGUAUUGGGAUUUUUAUGUUUUAUUAUACUUUGUUAAAAAGUAAAAAAUUGUACAUUUUUAGAAUGUUUUUAUCUGAGUAAAUUUAAUGU